AUGCACCAGUCGCACAAUAUCGCAUGGAAUGCCCUCUCAUCGAACCUCGUUUUCGUCAAAGACAAUCGAAGUGUUACUCCUCAUCGCACAGACUUGUGUCCUUUGGGACUCCCCACCCAAGCCAAAGCGCUCAGCCAUUUCGCUCGCACCCUCGAGUCAGCAAUCAUAGAAUUUUCGACAACAGAACGCGCCAAGUACCCGAAGGCAUUCCCUCUUCCAGAUGACGCAGUGCUCAUCCCCGAUGACAUUCUAACGCGGUACUGCGAUAUACCCUUCUCUUCUAUUACGCGCGAAAACCAACAGCUCAAGGAGUGGUUGGCGCAGGCACAAGACCGAGAUAGUUCUUUGCAUUACUCCACGAGUCAGGGCGACUUUGCGGAUGUUGUCAAAGUACUGCUUGCCGAAAAUGAGAUGGAAACCCUCCUCAUGCUCGCACGCCACCCUAAGGUCCCACUCCAAGACCUCCACUAUCUCUCAUGGGGCCACAGCUUCGGGUGGAAUCACAUCUGCCAUUGGGCGCUCCCAAGCUACAUCUUCUUCAACGUGCUGCUCCCAAAACCAGAGCUCCUGGAGAACGACAAGUAUCGCUCGCUACGGAGCUACCCGUACGCUAUUCGGAUGGCAACAGGCUCGGGUGACUAUGAUGCCCAGGCAUACCCACACCGGGCGUUCUUCUGGGGGAGUUUCCAUCGAGACAAGCCCGUUGAGGAGAGCGACCCGUUGUCGGACCCCGAGAAGCUCCACGAGUAUCUGAAAAUGUGCUUCCGGCUUCUGUACCGGUAUGAUAUGCUGGCAAAGGAAUGCGGAUUGAAGGUGGAUUGGGAGGGAGAAAUUGCCACGGCGGUUCAAUGGCUUUGGGACGUUAAAACUCGAUCUCUGGAAGGCCCCGACGGUCAUUGGAUGACUCGGUUUGGCUGA